CUUGUGCGUGGAUGGAUAUCAUAUUUAACCGGUCGAUAAACAGAUAACGUUAAUAAAUAAAUUGUUCGAAAUUAUUACCAAUUUUUUUUUAUCGUUUUGAAUUUGAAUUGAAAUGCAGUUCUUAAUUGUUUUCGUGUUAAUCCCUAUUGCCAUAACAAAUAUCGGCAUUUCAGCCCAAUUAAGUGAUCAAACAUCUAAUACUGAGAGCGAGGGGUUUCUAGAAUUUUCAAAAGCAAUUAGCCGUUUCGCUGUUGAUUUCUAUGAGAAAUGUUCGGAGGAACGGGAUGGCAAUAUAAUAGUUUCGCCAUUUUCCGUAGCCAACGUUCUGGCACUUUUAAUACAAGGAGCCGAAGGAAAGACGUUGAAGCAACUACAAAAUGCUUUGCAUUUACAGGGUGACAAGGAGACGAUUGCAAAUUACUUUCAAGAGUAUUUUCGUACAGUUAGACUCGGUGCGGAAACUGACGAAAAUCCAUCAACAGCGCUAUCGCUCGCAAACCGUUUGUACUUACAGCAAGGCUACCAAGUGAAAUCGACAUUCAAAGAGGUCAUUAGCAAAAAACUUAAUUUCGAUAUUGAAUCGUUAAAUUUUGAAGAUGGCGAAUCUUGUGCACGUUCCAUAAAUGAGUUCGUCGCAACAAAGACGAAGAACAAAAUCACAGAAAUGUGUAAGCCGGACUCAUUCGAUGCUACGACUCGUCUUGUUGUCGUGAAUGCUAUUCACUUCAAAGACGAUUGGAAAAAAAAAUUUGACAAGGCAGCCACUUAUCGGGAUGAAUUUUUCGUCAAUGCGACAAAUAGUGUUCCGACUGAAUUCAUGACCAAACGUGACCAUUUCAAGUUUGCUAAUCUCAACGAUUUAGAUGCUAGUGCCGCGGAGAUAAGAUACCAAAACUCUGGCCUGGUUUUUGUUAUUGUGCUGCCGAAUAGUCGGAAUGGUUUAUCCUCGCUUGAGUCUAAAGUAACAAAUCUGGAACUCAAACAGAUCACUGAUCAUUUUUACUGGCGGGAAGGAGUAAUCACAAUACCAAAGUUCAAAAUUGAACUGGUACUUAACAAUCUGGGUCAAAUAUUGCAGAAGCUUGGCAUGACGGAAAUUUUCACGAGCAAUGCCAAUCUUAGAAGCCUUUUGGAUCCCACGGAACCGAUACAAUUGUCAGAAGCCAUUCACAAAGCUAUCAUUGAAGUCAACGAGGAUGGUGUUGAAGCAGCCGCUGCGACAGGCUUAGGAAUGGUAAUGAGUUCUGCAGUUGAUACAGUUGAUCUGCCAUUUAAAGCAGACCAUCCGUUUUUGUACUACAUUAUGGAUCCAAGAACGAAUACGAUUAUUUUUAGUGGUCGAUACGUAGAUCCAUCAUUGGAAGCACCAUCUGGUGAACAAAAAAGGAUUAAAAAUGAUGAGUUGUAGAGAAAUGGAUGUGUUUUAAUUGACAAAAAGUUAGAAGGGAAAUUGCUUCGAAACAUUAUAAGCCGAAAACAUAUGAGCAAAUUUGCGUUGAUGAGAUCGACAAUUAUGCUACGUUAUCCAUUGUUCAGCCUGUAGUGAAUAUCUGAUUAUAAUGGAAAAAGCAUCAUAAUUGUCGAUCCCAUCAACGCAAAAUUAUUCGUGUGUUCGUGGCCAUAACUAUAGGAAUUUUGAGGUAUUUUUGACACCACUCGUCAAUAAAACAAAGAAUAAGU